CGUGAAUUGGAGGCUCCAGGAAGACAGGGGACCCACCGCACGGUCUCGGAGCGGUCCUCCGCAUGGAAAUAUGUCACGCUCGGUGGGCCUCCCAGUUGUGAACCGGCGCAAUCAGUUGCAAGGGCUGCAGGAGGAGCUGGAGGAGCAGCAGGAGGGGGAGCGGGAGAAGGAGAGGGAGGACGAGCAGGAGGAGUUGCGGGAGAAGGAGCGUGAGUGGGAGGAGGAGCAGAGGAAGGAGCGGGAGCGGGAGGAGCAGGAGAAGAAGCAGGAGGAGGACGAAGUUGUGGUGGAGGAGCAGCGGGGGGAGGAGGAGCGGGAGGAGCGGGAGGAGCGGAAGAAGAAACGGGAGAAGGAGUGGGAGAAGGAGGAGCAGGAAGAGGAGCGGGAGGAGGAGCGAGAGGAGGAUCGGGAGGAGGAGCAGGAGGAGGAGAAGGAGGAGGAGCGGAAGGAGGAGCGGGAGGAGGAGCGGGAGGAGGAGCUGGAGAAGGAGCAGGAGGGGAAACGGGAAGGGGUGGAGGAGGCGUGGGAGGAGGAGCAAGAGAAGCGGGAGGGGAAACAGGGAGCGGGAGGGGGAGCGGGAGGAGCGGGAGGAAGGGAAAAGGAGCGGGAGGAGGAGCCGGAGAAGGAGUGGGAGGGGAAAUGGGAAGGGGCUGAGGAGGAAACGGCGGCUGGAGAAGCAGUGGGAGAAGGAGCGGUAGGAGGCCUGGGAGGAGGAGCGAGAAAAGAAGGAGGAGCGGAGGAGGAGCAGGAGGAGGUGUGGGAGAAGGAACGGGAGAAGGAGCGGGAGGAGAAGGGGGAGAAGGAGCGAGAUGAAGAGCGGGAGGAGGAGGAGGAGGAGGAGGAGGAGGAGGAGGAGGAGGAGGAGCGGGAGGAGCAGCAGCAGAAGGAGGAGGAGGAGGAGGAGGAGUGGGAGUGGGAGGAAGAAAAGGAACAACGGGAAAUGUGGAGGGGGAGUUAACAAACGUGCGGGAGGCGGGUAGGAAAAGCGGAAGGAGGGAAGGGAGGAGAGGGGUGGGGCAGGGGAGGGGUGGACGGGGAUGCUCUCUCUCUCUCUCUCUCACACACACACACACACACACACACACACACACACACACACACAUGGUUGAUCAAUCAAUCAAGGGGUAACUUCAGUUGAGUCACACAAACAAGUUAUAAUUGCAGUAUGGGGCAAGAUAAAGUUCGCAAUUGCAC